UUGUCCUGUCGUUCAUCAUUAGCCAGUUGCAACUGUGGUAGUGGGCACUAUGCUAUCUAUCGCUGGCACAGGAGCCGGCACCGCAACUGAGUUUUUCGGCGAGUUCCGGCAUCUGUGCCGUGUGGAAUCGAAGUUCCGUCAGAGACCCAAAAGGAUUUCUGUGUGCAAAUGCAUGGAUGGGAAUAAUUUUUCACACCACAAUUGCAUUUGGAGGUUACCCAGUACCAGAAACUUUAAUUUCAAGACAAGGGACUCGUAUUUGGUUAUGGCAAUUGGCAAAGAGAAUGUAAGUGAAGAUACAGAUGAUACAUAUGAUGACUUGUUUAAUAAAUUUGGAAAGAUGGUGUUCAGGAGAAAAGACCAAAAGCCUCACAGUGAAGAGGUUGAUGAUGAUGAUGAUGCUGAAAGCUUAUCACCUCAUCACCCUCUCCAGGGACAUAUUCUGCCCCUAUGCAUAAAUUCACGUAUAUACUCAAAACUCCUAAACUUGAAACCUGGGAAAUGUAAUUCAAGUAGCUAA